AUGCUGCGCGCCCAGGCGCGGGUGUUCUUCAGCUCGGCCGCGGUGUCCAUCACCAGCCUGUACUACGACGACGCCAUGGGUAUGAUUUACCUCCGGUGGCGAGUCAGCGCGUCGCCCCGCGCCUGGGUUCUCAUGGGGUCCGGCAGGAGGGGGCCCGUCGUUCUCGACGGGCUCAGCGUUUACACGCUCGACCGCACAGGGUUGGUUGCCGUGCAUCAAUUGGAGAGUAACUCCCGCAGAAGGUCUGGACUGCGCCAUAUGUUUGAGGACAUUCUCGCUGUCGGCACCGUCCGCGUGCCCGGGACGCCAGCCGGCGCGGGUGUUGGGUCCGGCGGGUCGGGCCUCCCGCCGUGGUUUAGGAGCGUGUUUGAGCCGCUUGAAUUUGUCGCCGUGUCGGAGGAGGAAAUGGAGUGCGAGGAGCACUUACUGCCCCUGGAGGACGAGUUGUUUAUUAAGUAGAAGGUGGUGUGUAUGUGUGAUUGUUUUUUUUUUUGAUUGCGUAUUUGGUCCUUGUGCGUGUUCCGCCCAAGGGGUUGGGUCUAGGUGCGAUGUGGCUGUACUGUUGUUAUUUGGUUUUUUAUGCGGCGGGAGUCGUAGGGUUGGGAUGUCGCCUCGGCUGGUAGGUAGCGGGAGAGGCGACGUGGAGCAGGCGGCGAUGUAGUAUACGGUUUGAUGGCAAGCUGUUGAUAUAUGAUGCUGUUGUAGGUUGGUGCUGUAGAUAAAUCGUAUUUGUUUAUUGA